AUGUCAACCGCACCAGAAAAAGAAGACAAAAGAGACCCCUCCCGCGUGCUGGGAGCGCUGCUGGGCGUCCACGCAGGUGACAGCCUGGGCGCGACGCUAGAGUUCAUGUCCUGGGAGGAGAUCCGACAAAAGUUCCCCUCCCCUCUGAGAGACAUCAUCGGCGGGGGGCAUUUUGGGUGGAAGGCGGGGGAUGCGACGGACGAUACUGACCUUACGAGGGCGGUGUUGCUGGCUUAUUAUGAUGAGGCGAGGAACGACAAAAAAGGGCAGGGAGGGGAGGGGGUGGUGGAAAGGGCGGCGUGGUAUUUUGUUGAUUGGUUUGAGGGUAGGGAUUGGCCGGGAAGGGUGAAGGGGAGGAAGCCGAGGGAUGUUGGGGGGGCCACGGCGCAGGGGAUCAUGGCGUUCAAGGCGUAUGGGGAUGCGAGCGACUCGGGGGCGGGGGAGGGGAGGGCGGGGAAUGGGAGUCUGAUGAGGUGUGUACCUACUGCCUUGUUUCAACGGGAUAAGGGGGGGAUGGUGGAGGAGAGUAUGGGGAUUUCGGCUAUUACGCAUGAUGACAGUUGCUGUGUUGUUAGCUGUGUGGUGUAUAAUGCUUUGGUGAGGGCUCUGGUGGAAGGGAAGAAUGCGGAAGAGGCGUGGCAGGCCGGCAUGGAGGUGUUGAAGGGUGUUGGGGACAAGGAGAAGAGGGAGGGGAGAGGAGGGGGACGGGUUGAGAGUGCGGUGGGAAAGGUGCAGAGGGCGAUGGAGGGGGGCCGACAUAGGGUGAAGUUGGAUGAUUUCGCACUCCACGGACCGAGGAGCGCAAGGAACUUUCGAGAGGAGCUCCCGCGGGGAGCCUCGGGCUAUGUGCUCGAGUCCCUCAAGCUUGCUGUGGCCGCCAUGUUUGACCCGAGGUCGUUGGAAGACAUUCUCGUCGAUGUUGUGAGAGUAGGACGGGAUACGGAUACCAACGGCGCCAUUGCGGGAGGUCUCCUGGGGGCCCGGGACGGGGCCGAGGCGAUACCACUGCGCUGGCGAGAGAAGCUGCAACAUGGCAGGGAGUUUGCAGAAAUUGCGGAGUACCUGCUGUCCUCGUCGUAG